GAAAGAAAAUAUAUUUGUUCAAAUUUUCUUUGAACUUGAAGACCUAAUUUCGUUUUCAUACGCAUAGAGAUUUGAGAAACAUGUAUCAUCCUACCAGAGGAGGAGUUCGCGGUGGUAGAGAUCAAUUUACCUGGGAUGAAGUCAAGGUUGAUAAGCAUCGGGAGAAUUAUUUAGGUCACAGCGUCAAGGCUCCAGUAGGAAGAUGGCAGAAAGGGAAGGAUCUGAUCUGGUACACAAGGGACAGGAAUUCUGCAGAUUCAGAGGCUGCAAAGGAAGAAAUAAGAAGAAUCAAGGAAGACGAGGAACAGUCCAUGAGGGAAGCUCUGGGGUUGGCUCCUAAACGUGCUAACCGGCUUCAAGGUUCUCGGCUGGACAAACACGAGUUCUCAGAACUUGUAAAACGAGGCUCCACAGCUGAAGACUUGGGAGCAGGACAUGCAGAGGCUGCUCAAGUUCAAGGUCUAGGAUUUUCAAGAGCUCCCCGGGCUUAUGAAGAGUCUGGUUCUGCUACACUACAGCCCACAGCAGAAGUUAAACCAUCAAACAUGACCACUCCUGCACCUGCGCUGGCUCCUACUCCAUCUGUGAGAGACAACAAUGAGGAAUCAGAUGAAGAAAGGAGCCGAAAGAAACAGAGGCGAGAAGAGAAGAAAAGGGAGAAGAAGCUUGAGAGGCGGGAAGAGAAACGUGACAGGCGAGAGAAACGACAUUCUGAGGACAGGCGGAGUGGAAAGAAAGAGAGAAGAGAGAAGAGGAGACACGAUUCCGACUAACUAAAAACUGGUGUUGUGUAAUUGUUGGUGUUUGUUUUAAAGUAUUUGAUAAAAUGAAUAUUGGCAUCUUGACUAAUACUCCACUCUUGAUACAGAUAGAUUUGUUUUUAUUAUUAUGUCUUGAAAUC